GCCAGCCUCCUUUCAGGGCGGACACGUGACCUCCGGACACACACUGUCCACACAGAGACCGGCCAGAGACGCUGCGACAUCGCGGAGGCACCAUGAUCCUCGUUCACACGGCGCUGCUUUUCAUGCUUUAUGGAGGAGGCUGCAGCCAGGAGCAAACGUUCCUGGUGAUGGGCCCCCGGGUGUGGCGAGUGGGCGCUCAGGAGCCCGUGCUCGUCCAGAGCUUUGGACACACAGAGAAUCUCCCCGUCCGGAUCUCCGUACUCAGUUACCCCGAUAAAAAGAGGAAGUUCUCCACCCAGCACCUGGAGCUGACCCCCGCCAACAACUUCCAGGGGCUGGCCACCCUCCAGUUACAAGUGAAGGAUUUCCCCCGGAAGGACGGCACCGCGCAGUAUGUGUAUCUGGAGGCUCAGUCCAAGUCAUUCACCAAGGAGGAGCGUGUCCCUGUCACACAUCGCAACGGCUUCCUCUUCAUCCAGACCGACAAACCCGUCUACACCCCCGACCAGUCCGUGAAGUUUCGGGUCUACUCCAUGGAUGAAGAACUGAGGCCGGCGCGCCGAGACGUCACGGUCACCUUCAAGGAUCCGGACGAGGUGAAGAUGGAUGUGAUCACGCAGCCGGACGCCACUGGAAUCAUCUCCUUUCCCGACUUUAAGAUCCCAGCCAACCCCAAAUUUGGGACAUGGAAGAUGGAAGCUGUCUACGGCGCAGACUACACGACCGCCACCGCCGCGCUGUUUGACGUAAAGGAAUACGUCCUGCCCAGAUUCUUUGUCACCAUCGAACCGAAGCAAAACUAUAUAUCGUACGAGACGUUCGACGCGUUCACCAUAACGGUGAAGGCAAGUUAUUAUUACACUAAAAAAGUGGAGCGGGCGAAAGUCUUCAUCCGCUACGGGUUAAUAGAGAGCGGCACGCGGAGGAUGAUGGCGAACUGCAUCGAUGUGCAGACAAUGACUGAUGGAGAAGCCGUGUUCCAGUUCCGGGGGCAGCAGGCGGUGCAGGAGCUCGGAUAUUCGCAGCUGGAGGAGCUGGACGGAGCCUUCCUGUAUAUAACGGCCACCGUGGAGGAGACGGCAGGUUCUCAGUCUGAAGAGAGUGAAAACUCAGACGUCAAGUUUGUGACCACUCCGUACACCCUGAAACUGAUCAGGACCCCGCUCUAUGUGAAGCCCACGCUGCCCUACUACGUGAAGGUUCAGGUGAAGGACACGCUGGAUAAUACAGUGUCUAGAAUCCGACUGACGCUCACCGGAGACACGGUCCAAGAUGGCGGAGAAGUCGUCCCCCUAGGCAACCAGCAUGGUCUGACCCAGCAGACUGACAGCAAGGGGACCGCCGUGUUUGUGGUGAACAUCCCGUCAGACGUCACCUCCCUGGACUUUAAGAUAACGACUGCUGAUAACAACCUCCAGGAUGACCAUCAAGCAAGUGCCACCUACACAGCAACCGCCUACAAGUCACCGACAAAGAGCUACCUGUACAUCAAUUGGGCACGGGGGAGUGAUGCUCUGCAGGUCGGAGACUUCCUAAAUGUCCAGGUGGUGCCCAGUAGUCCGUACCUGGCCAAACUAACCCAUUACAGCUACCUGAUCAUUUCUCGGGGGAAGAUCGUGGCGUUCGAUACGGUGCAGAGAGUCCACGAGUCGACCUCUCAGAAUCUGAACAUCCAGGUGACAGCGGCCAUGGUGCCCUCCAUCCGCCUACUGGUCUAUUAUAUCAUCACCAGAGACACCAGCGCCGAGGUUGUGGCCGAUUCCAUCUGGGUGGACAUCAGAGACAAGUGCGUCAAUAAUCAGAAGGUUCAGCUUUCAACCAUAAAAGAACAGUUUAAGCCCAAAGCGGCGGUGCCGCUGACUGUCCGGGCGCAGAGCGGCUCCAUCGUGGCGCUGUCCGCUGUGGACGUCUCUGUCUAUGAUGUCACCAAGAAGAGGCAGCGACCGAUGGAAAGGGUUCUCAGGCAGAUUGAGGAGAGUGACCUCGGCUGCGGCGCUGGAGCGGGACGGGACAACGUGGACGUGUUUGAAAUGGCUGGACUGAUGUUCAUUACUAAUGCCAACAUCCGGGUGUCUCAGAGGACAGAACUGACGUGUAAUGAAAUAUUAAGGAGCAGACGUUCCACGUUCCUGGGUGAUGAAAUCAAGAGACUAGCCGCCUCCUACACCAAGAAGAUCCUCAAGAAGUGCUGCAUGGACGGGGGGACGGCGUUCGCGGAGGACCGCCAGUGCAAAGCCGGAGUGGAGCGGGUCCGAAAUGGCAAAGGGGAGCAGUGUGUGAAAGCGUUCCAGACGUGCUGCGAGCUGAUCGAGAAGAGAGCCGCUGAGCUCAGCCAAAAAGCCCUGGGAUUGGGCCGCGCCUAUAUCAGGACGGUUCUUGAUUUGGAUGAACCAGAAGUCCGGAGUUAUUUUCCAGAAAGCUGGCUAUGGGAGGAGCUCUCCAUCUCUGACAGACGAGGCUUCAAGGAAACUGGUCUGACCCUUCCAGACUCUCUGACCACUUGGGAGAUCCAGGGGAUCGGCAUGUCUGACAAAGGCGUGUGUGUGGCGGAUCCGCUCCAGAUCACGGUGUUCAAGAACUUGUUCCUAGAGGUGCAGCUGCCGUACUCCGUCAUCCGAGGGGAGCAGGUGGAGAUCCAGGUCACCGUCUACAACUACCAGAGCACCACAGUGAAGGGCUGCGUCCGUGUGUCUGUGGGCAAAGAAAUCUGUCUGGUGGACGAAUCGAAAGGCGUCCGGAGUGUGGGACACAAAGGCUGCAGCACGGAGUUCCAGCCGAAUGUCCCCAGGUCCUUCACCUACAACAUCCUGCCGCUGGAGCUCGGCCUGCACCCCAUCACCUUCACCCUGGACGUCGCCUUCAACAGCGAGAAAGUGGUGAAAACGCUGCGGGUCGUGCCGGAGGGCAUUAAGAUGGAGCAGAGCGCCGGAUUCACGCUGGAUCCGCAGGGCCUCCGCGGUGUGAUGAAGAGGCAGCAGGAUUUACACUAUAAGAUUCCAGCCAACGUCGUGCCCAAGUCCAGCAUCAGCCGCAUCUUCUCCAUUAACGGGAACAUUCUGGGUGAGGUGAUCGACUCGGUCCUUAAUGAGGAAGGGGUGAGGUACCUGGUGAGCAUCCCCAAAGGCAGCGCAGAGACGGAGCUGGCGAGGGUGGCCCCCGUAUUCUACGUCUACCAUUAUCUGGAGACCAAGAAGCAGUGGAGUCUCCUGGGGGACAACAUCUUCACUGCACAGCUGACCAUGAAGAAAAAGAUAAGAGAAGGGGUAACCAGCAUCCUGUCGUUCCGAAACAGAGAUUACUCAUACAGUCUGUGGAGGGACAGUGACCCCAGCACCUGGAUGACGGCCUUCGCUCUGCGCAUCUUUGGCGACGUUCAUCAGUACGUUCCGAUCGAUCAGCUGUCCGUGUGUAACACCCUCCUGUGGCUGAUCGAGAACCGGCAGUCUACAGAUGGGUCCUUCGAGGAGAGAUCCACCAGCCAGCCCGUAAAACUGCAGGGCACCAUCCCCCGAGAAGCUGCUGAGAAGACCCUGUACCUGACUGCAUACGGCGUCAUCAGCAUCCAGAAGGCCUUCCACAUGUGUCCGCUCGUCCAAGUGGAGAACGCACGGAACCGCGCUAUAGAGUAUUUGUCGAAGCAUGCCUCCAACGCACAGAGCACCUUCUCGCUGGCGGUCACCGCCUACGCCCUGGCCAUAUCCGAGGCCACUCUGCAAAGUAAACGCUACACCUAUGGGAAGCUACAGAGCGAAGCCUUCACUAUAGGAGUCAGUCAUCCUCCAGUUUAUCGAUAUUGGAAAGAUACGCUGAAGAAAUUUGACAAAACUGCGCCGAGCACCGAGACUGCGAAAAUGGUGGAGACGACGGCGUACGCUCUGCUGACCGCCCUGAAGAACGCCGACAAGGACUACGCUCAACCCAUCAUCCGCUGGCUGAAAGAGCAGCAACGAUACGGCGGCGGAUUCUUCUCCACGCAGGACACAGUCGUCGCUCUUGAAGCCCUGACCGAAAUCGCCAUCCUGGAUGAGAAACUCUCCCUCAACAUGGACGUGAAAGUCUCCUACAAGAAAUCCGGAGACUUCCAGAGCUACCGCCUGACCGAGGCGAAGCCCUUCACCCGGCCCGUAGAGGUUCCGAAAUUAGACGAUCUGGUGGUCAGCACGAGGAGCGCCAGAGGGAUUGCAACAGGAAACGUGCGGACCGUGUAUCACAUCAUGACCCCCUCACAGGAAAACUGCAAAUUCGACCUGCGCAUCCAGAAGAAGAUAAACCCAUCACAGACAGAAGAAUCCAUAUUUGAUGACGAUACGUCGCAGAUGCUGCUCCUAGAAGCCUGCGCCAGAUAUAAACCACAAAAAGAUGAAAUUUCCACAUCUGGCCAGGCUGUCAUGGAGAUAACGCUGCUGACCGGGUUGCAGGCUGAUGAGAAGCAACUAAAAAAGCUUGUGAACAGAGUUGAUCAGUUUGUCAGAGGCUACAGCAUAGAAGACGGAAAAGUCAUCCUCCAUUUUAAUUGGAUCAGGUCUGAUGAUUAUGUCUGCGCUCCACUGUACAUCAGGAAGAUAUUUAAGGUGGCGUUCCUGAGCCCCGGGAUCUUUAAAGUCUACGAGUUCCACGCUCCAGAACAGGAGUGCACCACCUACUACAACCCCUUCCUGGACGAGAACCUGACCAGAGUGUGCGCCGGAGAUGCCUGCAAAUGUAUUGAAGGUGAAUGUCCCAAGAUGAAGAGCAGACUGGACAUGAGUGUGACGGCGGAGCAGAGGAAGGACGCCGCAUGCAAGGGCGACAUGACCUACGCCUAUAAAGUGGAAGCCGCAAUGUCUGAGGACGAGGGGGAGUUUGUGAAGUACACGGUGACCAUCGUGGAUAUAUUCAAUAAAGGCUCCGCCUCAGUGAGGUUUAAUAAACAAGUGCGGCUUAUCCAGAAGAAGACAUGCGACAAGUUCAGUCUGCAGCGCGGGGAGCGCUACCUGAUCAUGGGGAAGGACGGCCUCCAGCUCCGAGGAGAGCGGGAAUUCGAGUACAUGUAUCCCCUGGACUCCAACACGUGGGUGGAGUGGUGGCCGGAGUCCUCAUCCUGCAGCACUCGCUCCUGCGCACAGUUCCUCACCGUCCUGGAGGAUUUCUCAGAGAGCAUACUUCUGGAUGGCUGCAAGCCGUAGUCACCGCUGAAGAUUUGUCACAUUGCUUCACCCCAGUUAUCGACUAUGUCACUUUACUGUUUUCUUGUGUUUUUACUUUUUCCAAAUAUGUACAUAAUAAAACAAGUCACAUGACUGAUCACUGUG